AUGCUCAGGUUUCCACGCCAGACGUUUCGCUUGUGCGCCAAACGAGCAUUGCCUGCCUCUCGACGAUCACUCAUUUCUUCCAUAUCGCCAAAUAAUGCCACGCAUACCUGCCACGCAGUCAAACGCCUCCUGAUACCUCAACAAAUUGUGGAGGACAAGAAAGCGAUAGCGCAGAUGAACACUCGACUAGUGGACGGAAGAGCAACGAAUCAACAAGAACAACCUACACGUUUGAUCCAACACUCUCUGGAGAAGUCAGCGACCUUCAGAAGGCCUACAGAGGAGGACAGGGAGGUGGCGGAAGAGACACGAGAUCAUACCAGUGGGACUGCGCCAACGACUUCACCAGAUGCGGCUUCUCUUCGAUCCUGGGGUGGUGUCACUCCUCCGAGCUUCAAAUCGAAGCUGGCUGCUCUCACCAUCUCGAAGUACCCUACGGGCAAUGAGGCGCCUCGCGAUGAUUUCCCACCUACAGAGCAACUCCCAGGAUAUGAACAGGCGGUCGAGCAAGUAGCCCGGUCCACAAACACUACUGGCAGCAACGCACCGCAGUCAGGGUCAGAACAAUAUGGCGACACUUCGUUCGCACCACAGGGCUCAGUACCAGAGGGAUCAAACUAUGUUGGCUCCUCCCGACCCUCCGAUGUCCCAGGACAAGACUCCACACCCCUAGAGGCUGGUUACCACUUCGAUGCAAACAUUCCCCACGAUAGCGAGCCAGCGAAUCCAGACCAGCCUCCACCCGCCUACACGGAGCUACCCGGCCAGAUUGACAACGAAGGACUAGGAACCAACGCAAUAGUCGCUGAAGAUGGCCGUGUUAACAUUCGUAUCGACCAGAAGAGCCGUGCGCUGUCACAGCUGAUUCUUCCACAAUUACAGCGCCAACUUACCCAAUCUCGAGAAGAUCCUGCACCGCCGCCUGCCUUUGUACCUGAAUUCCUGGGGGGUGCGCCAGGCCAAGAACCGCCGCCUCCAUUGAAUAUCGUUAUUCAAGUCGUGGGGUCAAGGGGAGAUGUGCAGCCUUUUGUCGCGCUAGGCAGGGUGCUCAAGGAUACCUACGGCCAUCGAGUGCGAUUAGCGACACAUCCAACCUUCAAAGACUUUGUCAUUGAGAAUGGCUUGGAGUUCUUUAGCAUCGGCGGUGAUCCUGCUGAACUCAUGGCCUUCAUGGUCAAAAACCCUGGGUUGAUGCCUGGUUUCGACGUUCUGCGCAGUGGUGAUGUUGGUAAGAGGAGGAAAGGGAUUGCAGAAAUUCUGCGCGGGACGUGGAGAUCAUGCAUCGAAACUGGUAAUGGCCUAGGUGUGGAUCCCCUCAAGCAGACGGUGGAAGAGUGGAUGGGCGUCGAGGAUCAACUCCCAGAGCAGCUCAAGAAACCGUUCGUCGCUGAUGCCAUCAUUGCGAAUCCCCCGGCUUUUGGACACAUUCACUGCGCCGAAAAGUUGGGUAUUCCACUGCACAUGAUGUUCACUUUUGCGUCGUCAAAUGCAGACCCAACAAUCACGAAUUACAUAUCCUACAUCCUGGUCGAUGUGCUAACCUGGCAAGGUCUGGGAGACGUCAUCAACAAGUUCCGCAAAGAUAGCUUGCACUUGGAUCCAAUCAGUACCAUCUGGGGACCAGCUAUACUUGCGCGCCUGAGGAUACCAUUCACCUACUGCUGGUCGCCAGCUCUCAUACCCAAGCCUAGGGAUUGGAAUCACCACAUCUCAAUUGCUGGAUUCUAUUUCCUCAACCUCGCCUCCAACUACACCCCCGAACCAGAUCUUGUGGAAUUCCUUGCUGCAGGUGAGCCGCCCGUAUAUAUCGGAUUUGGAUCUAUCGUAGUAGACGAUCCCAAUGCGAUGACCAAAUUGAUUUUUGAUGCUGUCAAGAUCACGGGAAGGCGUGCGCUAGUCUCCAAGGGCUGGGGUGGCUUAGGUGCCGAUGACCUUGGAAAGCCCGAUGGUGUCUUUAUGCUGGGUAACUGCCCUCAUGACUGGUUGUUCAAGCAUGUUUCUGCUGUUGUGCAUCACGGCGGAGCUGGUACUACAGCGGCCGGUAUUGCCGCUGGAAGACCAACAGUCGUUGUACCUUUUUUCGGAGAUCAAGCUUUCUGGGGAGCAAUGGUUUCAAGGGCUGGUGCUGGACCGGAUCCAAUGCCAUACAAGGAUUUGACGGCGGAGAAACUUGCUACCGCCAUCAACGAAGCUUUAAAACCUGAAUCACUCGAAAGAGCACAAGAGCUGCGCGCGAAGAUUGAGCAAGAGAACGGUACACAAAAGGGAGCACAGUCAUUCCAUCAGAUGCUCAAUUACGACGAGAUACGCUGUGCAGUCAUGCCUAACAAGCCAGCGGUUUGGAGAGUAAAGCGUACUCAGACCAAGUUGAGUGCUAAAGCUGCGACAAUACUUGCACAACAAGGUGAAGUUAGCUUCUCAGAUCUAAAACUUUAUCGCGCUCGCGAAUAUGUGCCAGAUGAGGGGCCAUUGGACCCAGUGUCCGGUGCGGCAGGCGCUUUAAUGGGUACAGCAACUUCAUUCAUGAUGGGUGUAGCUGAUAUGCCUAUCCAAACACUAAAGUUGCUCAACAUUCAUCCUGACUCCAGAUCGAAGAAGGGCAAAGAGAAGGCCACUGGUGACAAGACGCCAGGCGAUGCUGAUAUGCCUUUGGAACGUGGCCCUUCCCCCAAUGACUUGACGCAGACAAAUUCUGAUACUCUUCCACUCGGAAGUAUACGCACUCCAGAAACGUCAACACAUAGAUCUACGUAUAUGUCUCAGGCAUUUGCAGACUCGACGGGUGGUUCUCGUUCGCCGUCACGAGAGCGUGUACGACAGCUUAUUCCAGACCUUCCUCUUGUCGGUAGUCGUCGUGGAAGCUCGAUAUCUGGUACAGGGAAGCCUUCUCCUACUGAUAAGCAAGCGAAAAGCGCACGGCAACCAGGUCUUGCAGAGAGCAUGGAGUCCGCCGUGGACACUGGCAAAGGUCUAGCAAGGAUCGUUGGCGCUGGGUUCAAAUCACCAAUGGACUUUUCUUUGGGUGUUGCAAAGGGCUUCCACAAUGUUCCUAAACUAUAUGGCGCUGAAGUUCGACAAGUCGACAAAGUAACUGACCUUCAGAGUGGACUCCGGACAGCUGCUAAAGAAUUUGGCUUUGGGCUUUAUGAUGGCAUUACUGGUAUAGUGACUGAUCCUUACAAAGGUGCAAAGAAGGAAGGUGGCAUUGGCUUCGUGAAAGGAGUUGGUCGUGGAGUAAUGAACGUCCCAUUCCGCGUCUUAGGAGGUGCUUGGUCAGUUCCCGGAUACGCAAUGAAAGGCCUCUAUCAGGAGAUGGUGAAGAGCAAAGGCAAAAGUGUACAGAAUUAUAUCAUUGCUGCACGCAUUGCCCAAGGCUAUGACGAAGCAUCAUCCAUUACUCAAAAGGAACGAGACGACGUCGUCAAUAGAUGGAAACACGUCAAGGUGAGCAUCAAAAAGAAGCGUAAUCCUGGCGCCGAACAAAUAGACUCUCUCCAUUCCCUUGUCGAAGAAAAACGCAAGCGGAGAACCGACCGCUGGGAAGGCGUAAACUCUGCCUUCAAGAAGCCGGAAUCCCGCCCUUCUUUCCCACCCGACAUGAGCGCACCAGGCAGCUACCACGAGCCCACCCGUCCGCACAAUGAGACAGAGCCCGAAAUCCGCUCUACGAUCCCCAGCUGGCGCCAACAAGAAGCUGAACGUGCACGUUCACUUCGUAGACAAAAUACUGAUGCCACAGGGCAAAGCCAAGCCUCGCAGUCCGCAUUCUCCGUGGAAACCCAGCUCACUGCUGAGGAAGAAGAAGCUGAACAACGCGAAUUGGAAAAGGCAAUUGCCGCUUCCGUUGCCGAAGCCUCGCGUGGCAAUCCCGAGGAAGAUGAACUCAUGGCGUCUGCGAUACGCGCCUCUAUCGCUGAGCUUGAGCGUACGCCCGUUGGUACGAGUGAAUCUGACGAGGAAGCGGCGUUGAAACGCGCAAUUGCGGCUUCAAUAGCCGAUGCUGGGAAAAAGGACAUGACAGCCGAGGAACAAGUUGCGUUGGAAGAAACGCUGAGGAAGAGUCUGCUCGAGUCGAGUGUGACGCCACAGGCUGGUGUUGAUUUGGAGUGGGAUGAAGACGAGGAUACAGACGAGGAAGAGGUGUACCAGCGUAUCAUUGCCGAGUCGAAAGAGCUAGCUCAUCUCCACUCAACACAGUCGCAGGAUCACUCUGGGACGAUGACGGGAGCGGGUAUGGAGACGGGGGUCAUGGAUGCCAUGAGUGCUGCCAUUGGCGCAAACCAAGAGAGCGGAAAUGCAGCUGCAAGUGGAAAUGGCCCUGCACACGCCCAGCAAACCGGCAUCACAUAUGACGAAGACGAGGAGAUGAAAAAGGUGCUCGAGGAGAGCGAAAAGGCAGAAAAAGACCGGCUAGAGGCUCUGCACCAGCAGAGGACAGAAGAGGACAUCGUCAUGGAGUAUGUCCGGAAGCAGAGUUUACUCGAAGAAGAGCAUAGGCGGCGUGUUGCGGGUGGGAAAUGA